AUUGGAGCUCCUGGAUCCUGAAAGGGCUAAUUUAAGGAUAAAGAAAAAAGAAAACACGUAGAGGUUCGGAUUUUACUCUGCUGUUCCUUCAUGAGGCUGCAAACAGACCAAGAAUUACUCAACAUGUCCAUUUGUGCAUGAAGAAAAGAAUGACUAACUGUGAGCUGAUUGAGCUGAAAGACCUCAGUGUUUCUGAUCCCAUCGAGCUGGCUCCUCCGGCCCUCCACACCACCCCAUCACCCACCGAUCCCAGUCACCCCAACAUUUACCACACCGUCCGCCUGACAGGAGACACCGUCAGCAUCGAGGCGCCAGUGCAUCAAACAGGAAAGGGCGCUUCCGGUCACAACUUCCAACCCUACAACUACACACAUCUGACCUGGUGUGACCUGUGUGGAGAAUUCAUCUGGGGUCUUUUUAGGCAGAGUCUGCGCUGUGCCAACUGCAGUUACACCUGCCACUACCGCUGCCAACCGUUCAUCCAGCUGGACUGCAGCAGCCAUGAGAGUGUAUCAGCAGAGAAAAGAGAUUACACUGAAGACUCCAUCGAGACUGACACUAAUGUGGAUGAGCAGAAUGAAGUGGGUAAACAGGAGCUGAGUGCUGCUGCGAUUCACCGGAAGGUGAAGGAGUACAACGUUCAGAUUAACAACAAUCUCUACAUGGUGGUUAAUAAAGACAAGUCCUUCACUGGUUUCAUCAAGGUCCACUUCCAGUUACUUCGCCCCAUCUCCCUGCCUCCUCCUCCUCAGCGUCAGAACUCAACAGACGAGGAGGGUCAGCAGAGCAGACGGAUACCGCGGCGGACUUCCUUCUACCUCCCUAAAGAUGCUGCCAAGCACCUGCAUAUAAGCUCAGAGACUCAAGUGCGAGAAGUCAUCGAGGCGCUGCUCAAGAAGUUCACCGUUGUAGACAACCCAGCAAAGUUUGCCUUGUUUGAACGCACAGAGAAACAAAGUCAAGUCUCCUUGCGUAAGCUGUCUGAUGAUGAGCAUCCUUUGCUAUUACGUCUGUGUGCCGGUCCCAGCGAGGCAGUCUGGAGUUUGGUUUUGAAAGAGAACGAGACGGGGGAUGUGAAUUGGGAUGCAUUUAGUCUUCCUGAGUUGAGCAACUUUCUGCGCAUCUUGCAGCGUGAGGAAGAAGAGCACACACGUCAGAUUGUGAAGCGCUACGCUAACGCUCGAGACAUGAUGAUGCGGGCAAUGACCCACAUAACCACACCUGGUUGAUGCAGAGAGAGGGAGACAGAGAGAGAGAGAGAGAGAGAGAGAGAGAGAGAGAGAGAGAGAGAGAGAGAGAGAGAGAGAGAGAGAGAGAGAGAGAGAGAGAGAGACUGAAAAUUGGUCAAACUUAAGGUGAUGAUGUGAAAGGAAAGAAAAGGCUCAGGCAAUGACUGAGCAUGAACAUGUGCAUUUUAUGUGAACAUCUGAAAGAGUCUGCUGAUUUUAUUCUACACACUGGCACUUUAAUGAACCUGUGAAAUUGAGCUGAGUAUUUUUCCUGUGUUGGACACAUAUUUAUAUUCAUCCAUCCAUCCACCCAUCUUCUGAACCCACUUUGUCCACACAGGGUC